AUGAAACCAAUCGUUUCUACUGCGCUUGCUGGCUUUUUUACUCAUUUCCUCCACUAUGCUUCUGCUACAUCGGUCUCGUACUGCACCGGCGAUGCAAACGAUAUUUGCUACAGCUGGGGUGUGACAUCGGCGUCCGGUUCCCCCCAAAGUCUCCUCUUUCAGAUCGAGGCAUCCACAAACUAUCAAUGGGUCGCACUUGGAACUGGUAGCAGGAUGAGCGGCUCUGACAUGUUCGUCAUAUACCAAGACGGCUCGGGUAACGUCACCCUCAGCCCUCGGAAGGGGUCCGGUCACAACACGCCCGGGUACGGUGGACUGACAACUGUGGCUCUGACGACGGGGUCCGGAGUAGCAAACGGCAAGAUGACUGCCAGCAUCAACUGUGGUGCUUGCGCUGGUGUCGACCUCACGGGCUCGGAUUCGUGGAUAGGCGCCUGGAAGACAGGCGGAGCCCUUGGCGCUGCGGAUGUUAGGGCCAACAUUGGUAUGCACGACGGUACGGACCAGUUCUCUAUCGACCUUGCAAAAGCUACGAUUGAUUCAGGAAACAACACUCUCGGCACGAAUUCUAGUGCUACACCAGCGUCUGGUUCAGGCGACAGUGCAGUGUAUGGUGGUGGCAGAAGUAAAAACAUUCUCGUCUACUCGCACGCCAUCCUCAUGUUGAUGGUAUUCAUCAUCGGGUAUCCACUUGGAGGGCUCUUGAUGCCUUUGAUGGGCAGAUGGAUACUUCAUGCAGGCUGGCAAGUCACCAUGUUCUUAGCCAUGUGCGCUGGAUUCGCCGUGGGCAAGAUUGCCAGUGAUCGGUUUGGGAUGUGGUUCAAUGAGCCCCAUGUCCAGCUUGGAACAAUUGUCUGUGCAAUGAUGCUCGUCCAAGUGGCACUAGGCUGGAUGCACCACCGAAACUAUGUCAAGUACCAGCGGCGGAGCUGGGUCAGCUACUGUCACAUUUGGUACGGCCGAGCGCUGAUCAUUGUUGGUAUUAUCAACGGCGGCAUUGGAUUUAGAGUCAGUCGUGCACCAAUGGCACAGAUAGUUGCGUAUUCGGUUGUUGCUGCCGUCGUGUUUGCUCUAUACGGCGCAGUAGCGACUUACAGACUCGUCAAGCCGCGCGAAAACCAGAUGGUGCUCAGUUCCAGCUCCUCCGUCUGUCUGAAUGAAAGGCCGACGUGGAAUUAA